AUGUUACCCACAUAUUUCACAUGCACACUUGGACAAGCAAGACGACAACAGGAAAGCCAAAGGUACACACCAUACCAGACAGUGACAGGUCUGGUUGAUCACAAGGCCAAACACUCACCUGGGCUUCCGGCGGUGGGGUUUUAUCAUGUACCAGUUCAAACAAACUCACGGCAAUGGCAGGGGAAAAUAUUGAGCUUUGCAGACGUACAGCAGCUUUCCGCGGGAGUUGCGGAGACGAUCAGAACCAAAAUCAAAUUACAUGCACGGCGAGGUCAAACUGUGGCACUUCUUAGUCCAAGUUCUGAGUCAUUCUUGUUUACAUGGCUCGCGUUGAUGCGACUGGGCCACCCAGUUCUUCUCAUCGCACCGCAGUGUUCUGCUUCGGCGAUCGCUAAUCUCCUGGAUGUCUGCAAUGCCGUUGAUCUCUUUUACGACCAAACGAACCUGGAGUUGGCCAAAAAGGUUAAGCGAGAGGUUGAGCAUCACGAUACCCUCAGCACUAUGAUCAACGUGGUUGCAAUACCUGCAAUUAAAAAGGGUGAAGGACCCGAGAUUUCAGAGCUGACGGGUGACUCGGUCGACACCGUACAUGAACACCAAGAUCAAGAUCAAAUUGUCUGUGAUACCGACAUUGCAUACCUACAUCACACCUCAGGCACAUCCACUGGUGUUCCAAAACCAAUACCGCAGUCUCACCGUGCGGCCGUUGGCGUGCUACCUUGCUUCGACGGCCACACAGCAGCCACAUUCACUACCACACCCCUUUACCAUGGCGGUAUCGCCGAUGUGUUCCGGGCUUGGACCAGUAACGCUCUAAUCUGGCUUUUCCCAGGAAAGGAACUGCCAAUUACUGCCGCUCAUGUGUUCACUUGUCUUGACAUUGCGCAGAACCAGGCUAAAUUGGACCCUGCCAUUCCACCAGUCAAAUACUUCUCAUCAGUGCCAUAUGUUCUGCAAAUGCUUGCUAAUGAUAACAAGGGGUUGGAUAUCCUUCAGUCUAUGGAUAUCGUCGGCGUCGGUGGCGCUGCCUUGCCAAUUGAUGUUGGCAACAGUCUUGUACAAAAAAAUGUGAACCUGAUAUCUCGAUUCGGAAGCGCUGAGUGUGGGUUCCUCAUGUCGUCACAUCGAGACUACUGUCAAGAUAAGGAGUGGCAAUAUCUCCGAUCAAGUCCCGGUGGAGACCAAUUGCAGUUUGAGCCCAGGGAAGGGGGUCUUUUCGAGUUGGUAAUCCAGCCCGACUGGCCUCACAUGGCGAAGAGGAACCGCGGAAACCGGUCCUAUGCCACUGCAGAUCUUUUUACGCCCCAUUCAUCUAUUCCAAAUGCAUGGAGAUAUCAUUCACGGUCAGACUCGCAACUUACAUUGAUCACUGGUAAGAAGUUCGACCCGGGGCCACUAGAGGAUGCAAUCAAGGCAUCCUCUGAUAGCCUGGACGGCGUUCUCAUCUUUGGCAACGGGAAAUCAUACCCUGGUGCGCUGCUCUUUCGAUCAGAGUCUGCUCGAAUGAUAUCGAACAGCGAGCUCAUUCGGGAGCUUUGGCCUAAGAUAGCAACCCUAAACCAUGAAACUCAAAGGCACGCGAGAAUAUCUCGGAAUAUGCUUGUACCGAUGAUGCCUGUGGUGGAAGGGUUGGCCAAAAGUAGCAAAGGCACAAUCCUGAGAAAGAUUGUCGAGCAAGAAUAUGCCGGUAUCAUUGAAGCAACAUAUGCAAAUCUCCAGCUUCCUAACUGCAGCACAAACAUUCCAGAUAGCGAAGUCUCUGACGCUCUUCGUGAAAUAAUCUUGUCUGUGGCUGGCGGUGACCAUCUCGAAGACGACCAUUUGUCUGAUGAAACGGAUCUAUUCACUUUCGGGGUAGACUCUGUUGGAUGUAUUCAAAUCAGGAAUGCAGUGGCGAGAAUGAUACCAAAUUCGUCCUUCGCAUCCUUGCCACUGACUCUGGUUGAGGAUGCAGGUACGAUUUCACACCUCAGAGAUACGAUUCUGCGUCUACGGUCCGGAGAGAGUGUUCAAAAUGACUCUAACGACCAGCACCAGUUAAUGUUGGACCUCGUACAGAAGUAUCGAGUGAGUCAAGUGGCAGAAGAAACGCAUAACAGGGGCUCCGAGGAGCAACGGUCCAGAAUCCCGAAUAAUCACGGUGGAAUUCACGUUCUCUUGACUGGGGCUACUGGCUCACUUGGUUCGCAUAUACUUGACCAGCUUCUUUCUGAUCCGCAAGUCUCUCACAUUUCAUUGCUUGUUCGGAACAACAGUGAGCAUGCUCCACGAGAACGUGUCUUCGAAGCACUGACAUCAAGAAAACUGAAUAUUCCGUCAAACUUGGACACCAAAACCACCAUUUUGUCAUGCAGACUCUCAGACCAGGACCUUGGACUCUCCAAGCAUGAGUAUCACGUCCUCGCAGAUAGUGUGGAUGUGAUCAUGCAUCUUGCUUGGAGUGUCAAUUUCCUGAUCUCCCUGAAGUCUAUUGCUGGAACUCAUCUGGCGGGGUUGCAGAAUAUCUUGAAUUUCGCUCUUCGUUCGCCCAGAUCUCCACGCGUUAUCUUCUGCUCCAGUGUGGCAUCGGUGUCAAAUUAUCAACCUCCUCAAUCCGUCUCAUGGGGGACGACUGGUCGCUUCAUUCCCGAAGCCUAUGUUGCCGACCCUUCGGCCUCAGGGCCAACAGGAUACGCUCGCUCGAAAUGGAUUGCAGAGGCGAUAUGUGCAGACGCUGACAAUUCAACCAAGUUGAAGCACCGAGUGUCGGUGUGUCGUGUCGGUCAGUUGUCUGGUGCCACAAAGACAGGGAUUUGGAAUAUGUCUGAAGCAUAUCCUUUGCUUAUGGUCAGUGCCAAAGCCACAGGUGUUCUGCCGGACUUGAACAAUGAAAUCUUGAAUUGGUUGCCAGUAGAUCUGGCAGCGAAGGCUUUUGUCGAGCUUGCGGUGGAAAGGUGCGUGAUAGACCGAACCUCUGAUACUCUUGCUGUAUAUCAUGUCUUGAAUCCCGACAUGGGUGUGCACUGGUCUGAUCUGCUCGUGUGGUUAUCAAAAGAGUUAUCUUUCAAAGUCGUCACCGUCGAUGAAUGGUUGAAGACAUUGGAGCAGUUGAAAGAAAGUCCUGCGACUAGAGACCACCCUGCAUUGAAACUGCUGGGAUUCUGGCAACGUGGAUAUGGGGGUCGGAAGCGUUCCAGUAUUGAAGACCGCCCAAUUCAAAGCUAUCAAAUGUCGACUACACACCAACAUAUGCCGACCUUGAGAGUCGCUGAGACAUCAUACCUGGUAAAUGAAAGCCAAAUCCGAAAGCUAUGGCAGUGGAUUCAGCACUCAGACUCGCCGACUUAA